AUGAGAGAUGUUGAGGAUGAGCUAGAUGAUGUGCCUCAUCUGGCAGAGACAGAGGUAUAUGUGUCACAUAUGGUAGAGAUAGAGGUUUCCAAUACUCUAGAGAUGGCUAAGGUGCCCCAUCCUUUUGAGGCAGAUGCAACAACUACUAUAGAGGUUACUCCAAAGAUUAUUCCUGAGGCGCACACUCCACAUACGGCUAUUGAGGUGUCACCUACUGAUGAUAUGGAGGUUACUCAUCCUGUUGAGACAAAUGACACUGCCCCUUCUUCAAUAGACCCGUUUGUACACACAGAUGGGGGUUUCUUGUAA